UUCAAUUUAUAAUAAAGUAUAUCAACUCUAUGAAUCCAUGUUAGCAAGCGUCAGUAAAGGAUACAUUAUGAGUUAUAUGGUUUACGAAUUCGAACAACGAAGCCCUGGAAAUGAAGGUGAUUGGCGUUUUUAUCAAAUAUAUAAAUUCGGUCUAUAUAAAGAAAAAGUUGUUCGUAUGACCGCUUCAGCAAGCAGUUAUUUGAAUACAAUCGAUGAGAUGAAAUAUAAAAAAGCACAAAAUUGAGACCCGGAGAAAUGGGCUGAAGGUGUGAAUUAUAUCCGUUUAAAAAAUCACGUUUCGUAUUAUGAACCUAAUACGAAAUGGUACUGGGAUCGAAAUGCGGAAUACUUGAAAGAUAUGAAGCCAGAAAAGGAAUGCGACGGUACACAAGUAUUUUGGAAUCCUUCAGCUUUGUCAGAUGGCGUCGUAUACAGCUUAAACUGUCCACUUAUUUUUGUCAGUGAUUAUUCAGGAGAUAGCAGUUGUCAUCGUUUUCAGAAUGAUAAUUUUACGAAAGCUAAAAACACAUAUUGGGAAUCAGCAUGUACUGAUGGAGAUAAUUCAAGAUUAGGACAAUUAUGUGCUUGCGAUAAACAAGUCGAUCAAGAUACUAGUAUACGAACACUAAGUUUAAGAGAACAUUACACUGAUAGUGCUGAUAGUCGAGUUGUCACCGGAAUACGAUUCAUUGUUAAAAAUAAUAUCGUAAUGAUACAAAUUCGAGAAGGUAAAAUAGUCAAUGGUAUUAUAGACCCCAAAACCGUUAAAUGGAUAGAUGAUGAUGGGCAGCAUCCUGAAAUAGGUCCUGAUACAGUGAAGCUCAAUUAUAACAUACGAGCGUUUGAAUUAGAUGACAUAGAAUUGCCUGAUGGACACUUAGUAACAGGAGUCAAAUUCUCAGUGCGAAAUAAAACGCGAAUAUCAUUAGCAAUAAGAGGAUCAGCUAUGUAUGAUGAUAAAAAAAAAACUUUUCCAUCAAUUCACGAUCAAUGGUAUUAUCCAACACCUGAUCCAGAUAUAGAUAGGUAUAAUAUUGAUAUAGAAUAUUUUAAAAAUCCAGCUGAUUCAAGUGAUAAGAAUCAAGAAUUAAGUACGCCAGGAUUGCAUUACGUUGAUUUAUCAACAUCAGUAUAUUCUUCAAAAGAUGAAAAUGUUGCAAUAAUACCAUUUAUAGAUUCCCGCGAACUUAUUACUAAUCCGCCAAUCGCUCUUGGUGGAUUAGGAAUAUUUUUUAAUAGUAAACCCGGUUAUGGUGGAUUUAUAACGUUUAAAUAUAUCACAGCUAAAUAUAAUAUUCGCCUUGACAGAGAUCAUGAUCAAGCUAUGAAUGCUACUUUAUCAGACUUGCUUAAAUAUUUAGAGUGAAGAAAUAAUUUAAUAGAAAUUAAUUAAAAUAUCCUUAUCAAGUCGUAAUCCGGGUCAAAAAAUUUGAUCUGAUUUUGCGUUACGGCAGAAAAAACUACAUUAAUUUUUUAACUUUAAAAAAUUUCAGUUCUGAAAAUUUACAAGGACUAAACUAGAUUAAAUCAUGGACUUGUAAUAUUUUUA